GGAAAAGCUGCCAGCAUGAGGCCUCUAGGCUUCCUUCUGAGUAAACUACAGCAGAAUGAUGGCCCUCAGAGGUCAGCAUCUCAGCAUCCUGUCGGCCAUCUUGUUGUGGGAGGACAGAUUGAUGCGGUGACAGGCAGGAUGUUUGGUGCUACCAGGAAGAAGUUUAUGGAAGGAGGAAUUGAGAGCGAGUAUGCUUCGGACGACUCCAGCCUCUACUACAGCCACACGUCCAUGUUUGCUCCUCACCGAGGUGACAAAGACAUGCUGUCGUCUUCCUCCUCAUCGAGUCAACUGUCACAGCUGGGAGCCAGUUUAUACGCCCCACAGAGCGCUCUGGGCUUCCCCAUACGCGGCCUCAACAGCAGCGUGGCGCCUCAGCUCAGUCGAAGCUCGCUGAACCAGCCUGCCAGCCAGCUCUCCAGCCACACCAGUACUCCCAACUCCGGACCGCUGCACACGCCGCCCUCACCCAACAGGGCGUCCAUCAUGCCCAUCAGCAGCCGGAGCGUGCUGAACCACAGCCAGCAGGUCGGCGGUCCGACGGGGCAGACGGGCGGGUUGGGAGGGGGCGGCGGAGGAGAGAGGGGGGGCGGCGGAGGAAGGAGCGGCACCAUGGGGAGUCCCAGCCGCUCGUCUCCCAGCAUCAUCGGCAUGCCCAAGCAGCAGCAGGCGCGGCAGCCAUUCUCGUUUAACAGGAAUCCAGGCUUCAACAUGAGCAACUCCUUAACCAGCAACAUCUUCAACGGCACAGACGGCAGUGAGAAUGUGACGGGGUUGGAUCUGUCGGACUUCCCGGCGUUGGCUGACCGGAGCCGGAGGGACGGUAGUUCGAAUCCCACCCCACAGCUCAACCCGCUGGCCGGUCGGGCGCCCUACGUUGGCAUGGUAACCAAGCCAUCCAGCGAACAGUCGCAGGACUUUUCGAUCCAUAACGAAGACUUCCCAGCUCUCCCCGGGCCAAACUACCAAACAAAAGACCCCAGCAGCAACAACGACGACAAAACGAACCUGAACUCGUCGGGGAAGGUGUCCUCGAGCUCCGACGGUCCGAAGUUCCCCGGCGAUAAGAGCUCGGCUCCGAGCAACAACCAGCAGAAGAAAGGGAUUCAGGUGCUUCCUGAUGGCCGGGUGACCAACAUUCCCGUGGGGAUGGUAACGGACCAGUUCGGGAUGAUCGGCUUGUUAACGUUCAUCCGGGCGGCGGAGACGGAUCCCGGCAUGGUGCACCUCGCCCUGGGCUCAGACCUCACCACGCUCGGCCUGAACCUCAACUCACCCGAGAACCUCUAUCCUAAGUUUGCAUCUCCGUGGGCGUCGGCGCCGUGUCGGCCGCAGGACAUCGACUUUCACGUCCCCUCAGAGUAUCUAACCAACAUCCAUAUAAGGGACAAGUUAGCGGCCAUCAAGUUGUCUCGGUACGGUGAAGACCUGCUGUUUUAUCUCUACUACAUGAACGGAGGAGACCUGCUACAACUUCUGGCUGCAGUAGAACUUUUUAACCGGGACUGGAGGUAUCAUAAAGAGGAGCGGGUUUGGAUAACGCGGGCCCCUGGAAUGGAGCCCACGUUAAAGACCAACGCCUACGAAAGGGGGACCUACUACUUCUUUGAUUGUCUCAACUGGAGGAAAGUGGCCAAGGAGUUUCAUCUUGAAUAUGACAAACUAGAAGAGCGGCCCCACGUUCCCUCAACUUUCAACUACAAUCCUGCCCAGCAGGCCUUCUGAUUGGCUCUCCCUCCUUCCUGACUGCCUGCCAUUGGCCCUCCUGGCUCAUCAGUCCCCACCCGAGGUUUCCCCUCCUCUGCACACUCAAAUGAAUCUGGCCUGUAAGGAUUCAGGACGGUGCCCACGUCUCUGACAGACUUCAUCAUUUUUAACGUUUUCUCUUUUAUGUUUGCCCCUUUUACCUCAUUUUUUUUAUUUUUAUUUUAUUCCCGCUUCUUCUCCAUGUCUUGUUUUGGUCUGAUGAGUGAAACAAACAGAGAGCUGUUAAUAGCUGUCCAUCUGGUCGCCUGAUUCCUCCUUUUAAUCACUCAAAAAAAAAACCCGACUGUUGUUUUCUAACGAAGCUUUUAUGAAGAAACAGAUUUUAACAGAGAAAACUGGGUUUACUCACCCGUCAGGACUCUGUUGUGGAGGAGAAGCUGAGAAUAUUUUACAUUUUUACCAGAAUUACAGAUCAGGACACACAUCACCACCCAGUGGGCAAUCAGGGGACAGAAUGCAAUGUACAUUGUAGCACUAUUUCAUAAUAAAAGAGAAAAAAUAUAUAUUUUUUCUGUUUUCUUGAUGUUAUGUAGUGACCUCAGAAACGCCACUUGAACUGGAACGGGUCCAGUUUGUGUUUCCUGAAGCGCGUUCUUUGGCAAACACAAGUCAUUUACAUCCUGUAGGAGAAACCUGGUCUUAAGAUUCAUUUUUUAUUGUCAACAAAUCACAAGUGACAACCUAAAGGUGUUUUAAAAAUCGUCAAAUU